AUGAAUCAAGGACAUCGUUCGAGCAUGUAUGCUCGUGAGGAUUCACAAGUCCAGAUCAAGACACAACAUCACAGUCCAUCAUCAUCAAUGUCACGGAGCGCAUCUCCCAGAGCUUUCUAUGCGACAAUAAGUUCCUCUUCUGGCAAUGAUCGCGUCAGAGAUGCACUCAACGAGCGUGCUCGAGGUAUCCAACAGCUUGGUUUCAAGACCAUUCUCAAAGCCUGGAUCAAAGCGAUUUGCCCCAAGAAGCAAGCCAAGUUCCCCUACAAAAUCAAGGAAGGAGAAGUCCAAAAAAUCCCAGGAUGGUGGCCGAACACCGAUGAAUGCCGCUUCUUGGAGCCCGAUCACAUCAACAAGAAUGAACGAAUGACAUUGUGUUUCCACCUUCUCACGCUGAGGCCAUCACCGGAACAGCUCGAAGAGUGGAACGAAGGUAGCCCAUCACACCCGACGCUCAUCAACAAGGGCUGGACAGCCUUCUUGAUGGAGCACGCUGGACCGUCCAUCUUCGACGGCGAAAACGGCGAAAACGGCGCCAGUGACGAGCGCAAUCCCCAAAGGAAAGACUUGCUGCUCGAGCUAUAUCAGGUCGCUGCCGAGGUCGAAAGUGCCAUUUCAUCGAACACUCGCAAGCGAUCUCGUGAUGCCAGCUCGGAGCCAGGCGUAUGCUCCAUGUCGAAGAGGGUCAAGUGUAGUCCUGCAUGUGACUCGCCGAUGACACACCAAGAGACUGUUCCAAUGUCCGUCCCGUGCGAACCGCUUUAUCCAUCACAGAGAAUCAUGCUGCGUCCUCAAGCACAUUUACAGCAAACACGCGAACGAGCAGCAUCUAUGUCUAUGGUCGGCUCUGGCCUACCGCAAUCUGCGCUUCAGAUGCCAGCAAGCUUCUCUCAGGGUACCAUGACACAACGACACAGCAUCUCUCAUCACCCUGAUCCUUACCAUUUCCCACAAGCCGUCGUCGCCGCACCGCCUCACAGCACGCACAACAACCUUGCGACAACAAACAACAUGAUGUGGCGAGCACAAUCACAACAACCAUCCUAUCAAUUCCAAAAUCCCACUUCAUUUACCACGAUGCCUACCCUCCCCAUAGACCCUCGAGCUCAAGUCCAGGAUGCAGAGCUCUUCUACCCAGCUCAAAACUGGGACUCCUUCACCCAAGCCGCGCCUUCCAGCACCACAUGCUGGGAAACCCCUCGCGAGCCCAGCCUUACUCCCUCAAGCAUCUACUCACAGACCACCACGGCCUGCAUCUCUCCUCGCAGGACCUCGCUCGAACCUCACCAUCUCCAACAUCAACAGCCGCACGGGCCUAUCAUCUCCCUCGACUCCCCUUCGCCAAUGAUGAUGCCAAUCGGCCUCGACUCUAAGCCUGCGCAGCUUGCGUCGGGCUUCGAGUCACCGAUGAUGUCUCAUGAUUGGCUCAGCCAUGCCGGGGAGAAGUUGCAGCAGCAACAGCAGCAGGACUUACCCUCCGCUUCAAUGAUGGAACAAGGGUCUUUUGAGUAUUUUUCCUCGGUGGAGGAUGGGCAGCAGGGGAGUUGGCAGGAUGUUUACUACUCAGGGCAUGUUUAG